CAUUUCGCCCAUGAAACGAAGCGCUGCCACCGCGAUGAAGCGUUCGUAUAGCUGCAUGGACCUCGCCGCCCUUGAAACAGAUCCUGCCAUGAUGGGAUCGGUAUGUCCGAAGAAACGACUUACGAUACCCCCGCGGUACAGAAGUCUGUCGUCGGGCCCGACAGCCCGCGAAAAGAACCUCAGCCAAUGGCUCCAGGCGUACGAUUGCAUGACGCUGAGCCUUCCGAUCGUUGAAUCCUCGUCCAUCGAAGAUGUGCUGUGCUCUUCCAGCAUUUCGUCGGUGUUGCCAUUCGUCCCAUCCACACCUACCAAGGACCAGCCAGACGCCAUACAGCUCGAGCUCAUCGACUUGUGGCAACAAGCCUGGAUAGAGGAUGACCAUCCACAGGACCACACGAGCCGCACUCUAUGAAGCACCCAAGACCGCCCAUUAUUUAACCGCAACACUACACCCCUCCAUGGCAGUAGUAUUCCACACUGGCCCGACUGCCUCACGAAACACACGUCCAAGCUGAUUGUCCAGCGUGCGCCGCGCCGUCUUAUUUAACAUGACAACUUGUCCGCAUUCCCUCUAAUACUAUGUUGUUCCUGCGACUGUUAUUGA